CCUGAGGUAUGUCAUAUCAACGCCACGUGUUCAAAUUUAGAAGGUUCAUAUUCUUGUCAAUGUAAGCCGGGCUUCACUGGAGAUGGGCAAUUGUGCACAGGUUAGUACAAUCAAACGUGAGAAACCAUGAAACUAUAGGGGUACUUGCCUCCAUUCGGAAAGUUACUGUCUUGCCAUAUAUCCUGGAAUUUCUGUUCUCAUUCUAUAUGAUUUUUUCUGUGUUGGUAUUAUGUACUAGUCAGGUGAAUAUGAUAUGUUUGUGAUGGGAAUCGAACCUGCGACCUUUGAAAUACUAGCCCAACGCUCUGCCAACUGAGCUACGUGGUCAGGGCCGGUCGGUUCGAGUUUGUGAUAUUUCGGAAAUGAUUCUAGUUCCUUCGAUAUCAAUGCAAUCUAGUAAUCAUGAUUUUUCCUGUGUUGGUGUUAUGUACUCAGGUGAAUAUGAUAUGUUUAUGAUUAUUUUCGGCUCACUCUCCAUCGGCGCCGCAAUUUUUUUUUCCGUGGACAGUCGGACUCCUCAUUGAUAGUCGGACGCAUCAUUGACCCGCGCCCUUAGACAAAACAUUCAGCGGAUACUCUUAUUAGAUGCGCCUUCCCAGUCUUGCGCACGCAAUUGGUGAUUUCAAAAUAUUGUAUUGCUUGGUUGAGAUGUCAAGAUCUUCAUAUCUUGUGUGGCGAUGACAUUAUAUUCGCCAUUCCCACUUGCUUUUCUUUGCUUUUGUAACUGUUUUUUGUAACUCUUUUUAAGCCAUGCCUUUCAAAACACCAUGGAUAGGAUGUAUCAAUUAUUUAGUCUCAAUAAAUCUAUAUUUAGUCUCAAUAGAUUAAUAAAUAGAUUGAUAGAUUAAAAUCCCAUGGUGGUAAAGGUAGCUACGAAGCAUACAGUGACUUUGUCAUAGUGUUAAAGGCAGCUCUCUAAAUUGUCAUAGUGUUAAAGGCAGCUCUGUAUUCUAGUGGAUACGCAGAUACGCAGUCAAAUAGUUAUUUUGAGAAUGAGGCAUACAGUUAGAUUAGCAUUAGAUCAAAUUCUCAUGCUAUAGGUAGCUCUAUAUUUUAGUGGAUACGCGGAUACGUGGAUACGCAGUCAAGUAGCUAUUUUGAGAUUAAGACGACAGUUAGUUGGCAUUAAUAGAUUAAAUUCUCAUGCUAUACAGAGCUUAAAUCAUAAAUGUGGUGUAAUAUGUAAAUAUGUUCCUCACAACCGGACAUUGGUGUUUGACAGAUUAUGAUUAAUUAGCGUUGCUGGGAGAAAAAUUUUUAUAUUAUAAAGCAUACUAAGCAUAAUAUUAAACAUUAAAAGUCUUGAAUAAUAUUUCCUUUAUAGUAUCAAUUCGUAUUGUCUUGGUAAUUAGUUUGUGGAAAUUAGAACGAGGCAAUAAUAUCUGGUAUAUACGUAUCCAGUGAAAUAGUGGCCGGGCUACAUGAUAUGAUAUUACUAGUGGACGGGUAUUCUGCAAUACUUCUAUUUGUUUUUAACUCGCAAUAACAGUUCUUGAGUAUUUUCGGAACCAGAAAAACAAAUUUGUAGAUUUACAAUAGUAUCGCGAAACAUAUCGUUCAUCUUUCUGGCGUGGUCGAAGAACAACGUGGAAUGAUGGAUAUAUGGUGCACCAGUGGGUUACACAGGGUACGAAGGGAUCCAUCAAUAACGCGCAGAGGCCUGGACGCGGAUCAAUGAUGCGUCCGACUAUCAAUGAGGAGUCCGACUGUCUACGGAAAAAAAAUUUGCAUCGGCGCCUUUCAGUGACUGAUUACAUCCAUUAUUACACUCAGUAAUGAUAUUAUCUACUAAGCUUAGACUAUUUAUUUUUACAACUCAAUUGUGAUAUUACUUUCCUAACUAUGUUUGUCUGCCCAGAGAAAACUCACGACUUUCGGCAGAGCGUUGACAAAUGAGUCCAUAGCGAGAAUCGAACCCACGAUAUCUCCUCCCUUAGUCAAAUUAAAAUUAUGGCCAUUUCAUUAUUCAAUAUGUAUUUGUUCUGCACUACAACAUUCAUUAAAAUCAUGAACAUUUAUCCAAUAUGGUCUAUCGUUGUUUAGAUUUCACGGAAUGUGGAGCCAACAAUCCUUGUCAUGUCAAUGCAACCUGUACCGAAGAACUUGGUAGUUUUAAAUGUUAUUGCAAGCCUGGUUUCACUGGCGAUGGAUUGAACUGCGCAAGUAAUUGCCACUGAUAUCACAUUUGUGUCGGUUUUCUUCGAUCGUUCGAGGUUUAUAACUAGCUUAUAUACCUUGAAUAAAUGAUUAGAUUAAACUUCUAGACAAAACGCGAGAAUUUUUCAUUAAAAAUUUUUGAAAAUAGCAAAAUAUGUUAGAAAACCUCCACAAAUGUGCAGAUACAAUAUGGUUUUUAAGUAAAAAUAUGGAUUGUUUAAUUUUCAACAUCAGAGCGUUUUCGAAUAAACAACAAUUACGUGCUGCCCAUGUGAUUACAAAAACAUUUUAUUUAUGCCCCAAAUCUGUUUUAAAUGCAAAACUUGCACUGGAACAACAAGAAACAUAUAUAAAGAACCGUUUUUAUAUUGUACAUGCCAAGUUCCAUCAGGAAUGAACAACAUUUAGGAUGAGCAAACCAAAUUUACUUUUUCGCCUUUAAUUUGGAGGACAAAUUUUUGUUUCUUUAUGGAACAAAGUUUCCCCCGCAAUGAAUUGAGCAUUUAAAAGAAGAAAUAUUCUUCACCACUAGUGGCUAUACUCACUAAAGUUUUAAAAUAUCAUUGCAUUGCAGAUAUUGAUGAGUGCACCGAACAGCCUGAGGUAUGUCAUAUCAACGCCACGUGUUCAAAUUUAGAAGGUUCAUAUUCUUGUCAAUGUAAGCCGGGCUUCACUGGAGAUGGGCAAUUGUGCACAGGUUAGUACAAUCAAACGUGAUAAAACAUGAAACUAAGGGUACUUGCCUCCAUUUGGAGAGGUUACUGUCUUGCCAUAUAUCCUGGAAUUUCUGUUCUCAUUCUAUGAUUUUUUCUGUGUUGGUGUUACUCUGAGUGUAUAUCCACACAGGGAAAGCUUGGAAAAUAUGCCUAGCCACGGUGGGAAUCGAACCUGCGACCUUUGGAAUACUAGCCCAAUGCUCUGCCAACUGAACUACGCGGUCAGUCGGGUCAAUGACACUCAAGAGAAGCUCAGAUUGAACCUCCACUCAUUGAGUGUGAGUGAGCUUUUAGAAUACGGGCGUAAAAAUGCCGAAAAUCAAGCCACAGAAAAGUUCCAACUUUUCCCGCUCAACACCUCCUAGUUGGGUCCCUUUUUCCUGAUGGUUCCUGACGCCCCUCCACUGACAAAUUCGUAAAAGAGGCCAUGCGCCAUGAAACAAACAACGACUAGAAUUAAAGCACUUAUUGAGUAAUAACCGUGAAAAACAACAGAUACAAUAUGGUUUUUAAGUAAAAAUAUGGAUUGUUUAAUUUUCAACAUCAGAGCGUUUUCGAAUAAACAACAAUUACGUGCUGCCCAUGUGAUUACAAAAACAUUUUAUUUAUGCCCCAAAUCUGUUUUAAAUGCAAAACUUGCACUGGAACAGCAAGGAACAUAAGAACCGUUUUUAUAUUGUACAUGCCAAGUUCCAUCAGGAAUGAACAACAUUUAGGAUGAGCAAACCAAAUUUAGUUUUUCGCCUUUAAUUAGGAGGACAAAUUUUUGUUUCUUUAUGGAACAAAGUUUCCCCCGCAAUGAAUUGAGCAUUUAAAAGAAGAAAUAUUCUUCACCAGUGGCUAUAUUCACUAAAGUUUAAAAAAAUCAUUGCAUUGCAGAUAUUGAUGAGUGCACCGAACAGCCUGAGGUAUGUCAUAUCAACGCCACGUGUUCAAAUUUAGAAGGUUCAUAUUCUUGUCAAUGUAAGCCGGGCUUCACUGGAGAUGGGCAAUUGUGCACAGGUUAGUACAAUCAAACGUGAUAAAACAUGAAACUAAGGGUACUUGCCUCCAUUUGGAGAGGUUACUGUCUUGCCAUAUAUCCUGGAAUUUCUGUUCUCAUUCUAUGAUUUUUUCUGUGUUGGUAUUAUGUACUCAGGUGAAUAUGAUAUGUUUGUGAUGUUACUCUGAGUGUAUAUCCACACAGGGCAAGCUUGGAAAAUAUGCCUAGCCACGGUGUGAAUCGAACCUGCGACCUUUGGAAUACUAGCCCAAUGCUCUGCCAACUGAGCUACGCGGUAAGGUCGGUUCAAGUAUGUGAUAUGUCUUGCGGAACUGACUCUAGUUCCUUCGAUAUCAAUGCAAUCUUGUAAUCAUGAUUUUUUCUGUGUUGGUGUUGUGUACUCAGAUGAAUAUGAUAUGAUUAUGAUUAUUCAGCUCACUCCCCAUCGGGGAUUUUCAGUGAGCGAUUAUAUCAAGCAUUACACUUUGUUAUAUUAACUACUAAGCUUAGACUAUUUAUUUUUACAACAAUUGUGAUAUCACUUUAUAAAAUAACAUGUACAUAUAUAACGUAUACUCUGACUAUCGUGUUGUUGUUAUUUUAUAAAACAAUUACUUUAUGGUUUCCGUGUUUGGAUGGCCUGAUCCAAACACUUGGGAAUGUUGCUAGAGUUAAGAAAAGCGCGCAAAUUCACUCGCCUUCGAUAUUCGGCUCGUGUUUCGCGCGCUUUUCUUAACUCUCGCAUCAAUCCCGUGUGUUUAGAUUAGGCCAUCCAAACGCGGAAACCAUAAAGUAAUUGUAUAUUCCCAACUAUGUUUAGCCGCCCAGAGAAAACCCGCGACUUUUGGCAGAGCGUUGACAAACUCUUUUCACACGUGUCGCCGUAUGAGUCCAUAUAUAGCGAGAAUCCAACCCACGAUAUCUCCUAUCUAAUUAGUCAAAUUAAAAUUAUGGCCAUUUUAUUAUUUUUAUAUGUAUUUAGGCGACUGCCUCGUUGAAUGAAAUAUUCCAUCUUUCACCGAAUGAAAAUAUAUUUUUACCAUUGCACGAAUAAACAUUCAUCAUUUGUUUUAUAUAAUACCAAAAUAGACUAAUAGAUUCGUAUAUGAGUGAAGCAUUUUGACGGAUUCGAUUUAACACAAAGAGUGCAAUGGAAUAAAACGUAUAGUAGCUACAAUUGUACUCGCAAAGAAUGCAAUGGAACGUAUUCCAUUGCACUCUUGGGAAAUGGAAUUUUCUAUUCAAUAUCACGUCACCAUAAACAGCCAAUUAAACGAUCAGAAUUCAAUAAGGUAUAUACUGUAUACUCGAUAUCUCCUAUCUAAUUAUAGUCAAAUUAAAAUUAUGGCCAUUUUAUUAUUUCUAUAUGUAUUUAAUUUGUUCUGCACUACAACUUUCAUUAAAAUCAUGAACAUUUGUCCAACAUGGUCUAUCUUUGUUUAGAUAUCAUGGAAUGUGAGGCCAACAAUCCUUGCCAUGUCAAUGCAAACUGUACCGAAGAACUUGGUAGUUUUAAAUGUGAUUGCAAGCCUGGCUUCACUGGCAAUGGAUUUUUUAACUGCACAAGUAAUUGUCACUUAAUUUUAUUCAUACUCGAAAAACUAUUGGCCUGACAACUACUUUAUUUUCUCCAGGUCAAAUAUAAAUACGUGUUGAAGUACGUCUAACAUGCUAAAUGCAAACACCGAAUGCGAUAUGUCCUCAUUGUUAUUACUGUUAUCUGACUGUUGUUGAACAAAAUAUUUGAUGAUUUUAGUGAGAAAAUGCAAUCUAUUCGCUUUUAUAUUUGAUGUAGAUAUCAAUGAAUGUCUUCAGUCAGACAUUUGUCAUGCUGAAGCAGACUGUCAAGAUUUCAUUGGAACGCAUCGUUGUACUUGCAAGCCCGGUUUCACCGGAGACGGGAUUACAUGCACAGGUACUAGCUAAUUACUAGCUUCUGUAGAGGUGUAUAUUAAUCACCUAAUCCAGUUGAAACAUGAGUUUUUACUCGAGUACGGAUGGAGUAUACAUGACCUAUACAGAAUAUAAAGAAUGAAUCUUGAAGCAAAGAAGUGAAGUCGGGAAACAUGGAAAGAAGAUGCGGAUAGUGGGCUUCUUUUUACCAUAGUGUUAAUGUGUAUAGUAAGCUUCGCUUUACUAUAGCCUGCUACUGUAGAUCGAUGGUAGGGGAUUUACCGAGGUUGGAUGACUUUCCUGUACUUGGAACUCGUGUGAGUAGAGUUCAGUUCGUUAUGUCGUGUGCUUUGGGUCGUCAUGUUUCCUCCCUUUCCAAAAACUGAUCCUUGCAGUAGGAUUCGUAUUGACCAGAAAGUAAUGGCCCACACCGCCACGGUAACAGCUCAAAUGGUUUACUAAUACACAAAUGUAUACAUUCGAAUUAAAUGUGAACAGAUGAAAAUUUGAAGGGUAUAAAUGGAUACUGUGCGCUGAAACACAUGCACCAAAAAGUGAACUUUACUUUUUAUACCUGUUUCAGAUAUCGACGAAUGCCAGGAAAACAGCGAUAAUUGUCAUAACAAUGCCACGUGUUCAAAUAAUGAAGGAAGUUUCGACUGCCAAUGUAUCCAAGGUUACACAGGUGAUGGUACAGAUUGUGCAGGUA